AAUGUAGCAAAAGGUAUUUUUGAGCCUUUGCAAAGAAAUUCUGUUUUUGCUUCAUUAUUCUUGAAAUACGUUAUAAGCACAUGAUCUUAUUUUUAAGUAUCUGUGGUAAUAUAAGUUAGAAAUUAAGUUUUGAUAUAAACUUCUUUUUUUUUUAAAUACGAACUUCUUAAUAUGUAUUUCUAGUUUUCUGAAAUGACCAUUGCUGAUACUUUUUCAGCUUCAUUGGGAAAUAAGUUCUGAGUGUAAUUAGAAAUCUGAGUGUGUCUACAGCUGUGUCUGGAUUACUGUAGAAGGCGUGCCCGGUGAUUUCCGCUCUGCCCAUGUAAUUUGGUUACAGUUUGCAUAUAACAAUGCUGUUGCUCUAGCAUAAAUGAUCAUUUUAAAAAAUAUGUUUUUUUAAUAAUGUUGAGGGUGUACCUAGGGCUUUCCUGAGUUGGUUUUAAGUGAACUUUUUAUAAUACAUGGAAGUUAUGUGUCUGGUGGCAGACACGACCAGUGGCUGCCCAGGUCCCCCUCAUGAGGCAGGUGUAUGCAUCCGCCUAGGUCCACAGCCGUGCCAUCCUGCAGGCACCCCCGCUCUGCUGACAGCCUGUGGCCAGCUGGCAGGAGGUUGGUUCCGGAAGGCCGGCCCCCUGCAUCAGGGCGGGACCCACACUGAGGCGGUUGACAGCCCAGGCCCGAGCCAAACACCAGCUGAAACCACAUGAUCCCUCCCCUUCCCCAUCAGCUCCUCUCACUUCCCUCAGGGUUUGUGCCCAGAGCAGUUCAAGCAUCAGAACCCCUGUCUCAGGCUCUGUACUUGGGGGCCUCUCCUGCACAGCCUCAGGUCCUGGACGCCUCGUCCCUCAGCUUCAACACCAGGCUGAAGUGGUUCGUCAUCUGCUUCGUGUGCGGCAUUUUCUUCUCUGUCCUGGGAACCGGAUUGCUGUGGCUUCCUGGUGGCAUAAAGCUGUUUGCGGUGUUUUAUACCUUUGGAAAUCUCGCCGCGCUCGCCAGUACCUGCUUUCUAAUGGGACCCGUGAAGCAGCUGAAGAAGAUGUUUGAAACAACAAGGUUGCUCGCGACCGUUAUUAUGCUUCUCUGUUUCAUAUUUACCCUGUGUGCUGCUCUUUGGUGGCACCGGAAGGGCCUGGCCGUCCUCUUCUGCGUAUUGCAGUUCUUGUCCAUGACCUGGUACAGCCUGUCCUACAUCCCAUAUGCAAGGGAUGCGGUAAUUAAAUGCUGUUCUUCUCUCUUAAGCUGAAAAUCAGCGACUCUUUGAAGAAAGCAUUGGAGAGUUGCUCUUCUGUUCA